AUGUUCUUUAUUGGUGGAAUGGACCUCAAUCUGCUUCGUUUUCUGUGGUCGAGGGCUCGUUCGGAUACCCCCACGCUCCGUGAAGACGCUCCCCAAAACCGUUUACGAAACGGUCAAGGUCUCAUGGAGCUAGGACCUCAAUCUGCUUCGUUUUCUGGAGUUUGGGCUAUCCGAACGAGCCCACGCACACGCCAAACGGUCCAGAUUAAGGUACUGAGAGCUUGUAGCCCGCAAAGGAAACCUUCCUGUGCAUCGAUUUCCAUCAACGAAGACUUGUUUGGAUACUACUUUACGUCCCGAAAACGCUCCGACAAACCGUUUACGAAACCGUCAACUCUUCGUGGAGACUUGUUUGGAUACUACUUUACGUCCCGAAAACGCUCCGACAAACCGUUUACGAAACCGUCAACUCUUCGUGGAGACCUUCCUGUGGCUCGAUUUCCUUCAACUUAG